CUUAAGCAUUACUUUUGUUUUUAUCAAACCCUUCGAAAAGUAGUAGUUUUGAGUUUGAAGGAAAUCGUGUUAAUUGUUUAAAAAAUCAUAUCUUUAUUAGUAUUUCAAGCGCUUUAGAUGAAAGAAAAUGGAGACUUUCCAGACGCUAGAGAUUAAUAACGAAAUAACUGAAAAAGACAGAAGUACCAGCUCCCUUGUGCUAUUUUUAAGACAAAUGUUCGCGUGUAGUUCAAUUUUAUUUAAUUUCCUAAUAUACGGACUGUAUAUGGGUGCUCCUGCAGUUAUAAUACCUCAAAUGAGGAAGGAAGCUGGUUCUGAUAAUAUCAUCACAUCGGAAAUGGUUUCUUGGUUGGCAUCAGCCUCCUCCUUCUCUUCACUUCCCUGGACUAUUAUUUUACCCCUUGUGGCUCAUCGAUAUGGUCGUAGAGUUUGCCUUAGACUGUUAGCUAUCAAUACGUUUAUUGGAAACAUAUUUUUUUAUAGAAGCACAACAUAUAUUGGAUUACUAAUAAGCCAGAUUAUUCAAGGAAUGGUAAUUUCCUCUGCUUAUACCAUAGCCGUCAUGAUUAUGACAGAAUACGUUUCGCCGCAGUACAGAGGAAUGAUUUUAACGAUCAAAUCAGCUACUUUUUUGUGGGGAAUAUGGAUAUCCAACACUCUUGGAACAUUUCUACCCUGGAGAUCAAUUGGUAUUCUCAUUUUCGUAUGCUGUUUUUUCAAUCUAUCAAUACUAUUUUGUCCAGAAUCCCCAUACUGGUUAGCGAUGAAGGGAAGAUUUGAAGAAAGUGCUAAAACUCAUCGGUGGAUUAAGGGAACCAGCCCAGAUUCUGAGAAGGAACUACGCACUCUUAUUUUAACCCAAGAAAAAUACUUGUAUAAAAAAUCGACGAAAAGCAAAACUUCUAAAAACAUUUUGAUUAAAAUGUAUAAAGUAGUCACAGGAAAAAAUUUUUACAGACCUUUAUUUAAUAUCAUGCUAUUAAUUUGUCUGUUUCAUUUUUCUGGAAAACUAGCUUGUGCAGUAUAUGCAAUAGAUAUUAUUAAAAAGAUGACUUUGAGUGAAAAAACAGCUUACGAAGGGAUGCUCAUAAUGGAUGGUAUUACAGUUUUUUGUGCGUACGUAGGAUGUUUUUUGACACGUGUGUUAAAGAGGCGAACGCAACUCAUUUCAUUUUCUAUAAUAGGUAUAAGCUUUCUCUUUAUUUUGUCUGCUUAUUUGUACUCAAUUAAAUUAAAUAUUAUCACCGAAAACAAGUUUAUUUCACUGGCUUUCUUAAUUGGGUUCUCAAUCAACCUCAGUUGUGGCCCUAUGAUAAUAGCUACAUGCUGUUUGAAUGAACUCACGCCAUUAAAACAUAGGACCCCAUUUUUAAUUAUAUUUGGAAUUUUGGGAAUAUCUGUCUUAGGGUUUGUUAUAAAAAUUUCACCUUUUAUUUUCAGGUCAUUUGAUUGUCAUGGGGCAUUUUCAUUUUAUGCUAUCACGGCAUCCAUUUUCCUUACAGGUAUUUACAAAUAUUUACCAGAAACGAAAAAUAGGACUAUAUUAGAAAUUGAAUGUCUCAUUGCUAAAGGAAAUUCGAAUAUUGAGGACAACUAAUCUACAUUUACGUAGAGACUUUUUGUUAGAAACGACUCACUUCAUAACUUUUAUCAAAUUAAUAAUGUUUAAAAUAUAUUUUCACGGUUACAAAUGUAAAGUGAAUAUUGUAACAGAGAUUUUCCUCUAAGACGGUACAUGCAUUUUGAAACAAAAAAGGAACAUUUAUAAUUACUAUUGUCCUAGAUUACUGAGACCAGAAUAAUCGUUUUAUUAAAAAAAA